AUGAGUGUGCCAACCAUCACUGUGGAGUUGGAGGAUGAGGUUGAGACCCUGGUGGCGGUCAAGGAUCCAAAGCCGCCGUCUGCGCCGCCUGUGCCAUCGAAGAAGAAGGCGAAGAAGAGAAAGAAGUCCACAAGCUCAACGGAGGAGACCUCCUCUUCUUCGAAGGUGAAGAAGAAGCGCAAAGAGGUGGACAAGGAUGCUGUCCGAAGGCUGGCCGAACAAGCCGCUCGCAGAUGGCAAGAGCGAGACGACCAGUUGGAAGCAAGCAUCCGUGUCGUCGAGCAAAGAGGAGCCAAAGCCGCGGCAGAAAGAGAAGCCCAAAGAAAGGCAGAGAAGGAUCGCCAGCGUGCAGCCGAGCGCCGGCGCCGCAGCCGCUCCCGGCGCCGGAGGCGCAGGUCCCGGUCGUCCCGGUCCUGA